AUGCCACUUCAUGGAAAAGAUCCCUUUGAAUUAAAUAAAACUAGAGUAAAAUCUGGUGAAGAAUAUUUCGUUAUUAAAUUCACAAAAGAACAUUUUAAAAGAUAUAAGGAUUAUAUUGAUAGAUAUGAGUUAUAUAGACAAAAGAUUUGGACAUGUUCAAUUACAGGUAAACAAAAUUUAACAUUUGAAGAAGCAUUAUUAAGUGAAAAGAAUGCUUCUGAAAAAGUUUCAAAAGUGUCUGAAUUAUUAUUACCACAUUGUUUAGAAUUUAUUCAAUAUAAGGAAAUUACACUUGAAGAAAUGACAAAUCAAUUAUAUGAAUUUUUAUUGAUGAAUUAUUAUCCAGGUGAAAUUGUAUCUUUUAAAAAAGCAAAUGUUAAAUAUACUGGAAGAAUCAUAGAAUUAUUGGAAAACUAUAAUGAAUCUGAUGAACAAUCAGAUAAUGAACAACAAAAGAAAUCAUCAUCAUCUUCUUCAACAACAACAACAACAACAACACCAACUACACCACCAACAACAACCACCACAACAUCAAGUUCAAUCAAUGCAUUAUCAGCAAUACCAAUACCAAAGAAAGAAAUUAAAUUACAAUUGUAUAGUGAUGAUGAAAAUGAAGAAGAGGAUGAAAAAAACAAUGGUGACACCUCUUCUGAUAAAAAAGGUGAAAAAGAAAAAGAAAAAGAAAAAGAAAAAGAAAAAGAAAAAGAAAAAGAAAAAGAAAAAGAAAAAGAAAAAGAAAAAGAGAAAGAAAAAGAAAAAGAAAAAGAUAGUGAUACUAAAUCAGUUAGAAAAUAUGUUGAUCCAAGAAAGAAAUUAGAUUCAAUUAAAAAAUAUUAUAAAAUUUAUGUUGAUUCUCAAGGUAAAAACUUUAUUAUCAAUAUUAAAGAUAUCCAAAAGAGAGAACCACCAAUCUUUAAACCAAUGGUAAAAGAUACCAUUAAAACUGUAGCAAAAAAAACAAAACAUCUUGGUGGUUUUUGGGAGGUUGAACCAGAAUUAAUUAAAAAGUAUAAUUUAGAGGGUUUGAAAAUACCAUCAUCUGUAAGGAAAGAGGUUGAACAACAUUUAAAAAGAAAAAGAAUUGCAGAUGGAGAAAUACUUGAAGAUACUGAAGAGGAAAGUGUAGAUAUUGAGAGUAAUGAUAACAGUAAUAGUAAUGGUAAUAGUAAUAGUAAUAAUAAUUUAGAUAGUAGUGAUGAAUCAGAAACUGAAAGAAAGAGAAAGAGGCCAAAAUAUCCAAUUGAGGAUCAAGAUGUUGAUCGAGAGAAUGAAGAAACAGGUAAAGAAAAUGAACGUCCAAUUGCAUCUUCAGAUUUCUUUUGUUUAUCAAAUACUUUUGGUGACUUUUUAAUGGUCUGGCAUUUUCUUAAUCAUUUUGAAAAGGUGCUACUCUUAUCACCUUUCCCAUUGGACGAUUUUGAAAUGGCAAUUCAACAUCAUACAGAAACCAAUAUCUUGGUGGAAUCUCAUAUUCGUUUAAUGAAAACCAUCUUCACUUUACCAUCAUAUUCAAGUGGAACACCAAAGAAAACCUUUGGUGGCAAAGCCAUUACCGAUCGUAAUUGGUUAGCAACACUCAGAGCAUACUUUCAAAAUGAAGUUAAAAGAAUUGCAAUCGAAGAAAAAGAGAAACAAGAGAAAUUAAAACAAUUGGAAGAACAAAAUAUUAGAAUGUUAAAUUUAGCAAAUGAAUUACCAGGUUCUGAUGAUGAAGACGAUGAAAUGAAAUUAGAUGAAGAUGGUAAUGAAAUUAAAAAAGAUGUUGAAAUGAAAGAUAAUGAUGGAACUAAAGAUACUAAAAAAGAUGAUGAAGAGAAUGAAGAAGAGGAGGAAGAAGAGGAAGAAGAAGAAGAAGAAGUUGCAUCUGAUGAAGGUGAAGAAGAAUGGAAAGAAGAAAAUGAAAUUAUUACAUCUGCAGAUGCAAAUACAAUUUGUAAAGUUUUAAAGAAAAAGAAUUAUUUUAAACUCUCUGUUGAAGAAAGAAUUUACAUUCUCGCUUAUUUAGUUAAACAAACUAUCGCAUCUGAAAAGAUUCGUAAACAUUUGGAAAAGAAUGUUGAAUUGGGUAAUGAAGUUAAACAAGAGAAAAAAGGUAUCAUCUUAGAGGAAAAACAAUUAAAACAAGAUGAUGCUGCCGCUGCUGCUGAGGAUGAUGAUGAAAAUAAUGAAGAUGAUGAAGAACAACAACAACAAGAAGUUAAAAAACCAAAGGGUGCUAAACAAAAGAAACCAAUUACUCCUGUCGUAGAAAAAGAAAUCGAAAAGCUAGAAAAGAAAUUAGAGAUUUUAGAUGAAAAGUUGGAGAAAUAUUCCACACGUUUAGAAUCACUUGGAAGAGAUAGAAACUAUAGAAACUAUUGGUAUUGGUAUCAAUUGCCAAGUAAAAUUUAUGUUGAAAAUGAAAAUGGUGGUUGGGAAUACUACUCUAGUAAGAAGGAGUUGGAUGACCUCAUCAAGUAUUUGGAUAAUAGAGGUAUUCGUGAAAGAAAGCUUUUAUUCAAUAUUAAACCAAAAUAUGAUUUCAUUGUUAGUCAAUUAGAGAAAAAGAAUAAAGAAAUUAUCGAACAAAUUCAAUUUGAAUCAAAAAGAUCUCAACGUAUUAAACAACUUUAUACUGAAAAAUCCUAUAUAUCUUGGGAAAAUAAAUAUGAUUAUUAA